AUGGAGGACAUCGAGUCGCCAAGAAACUUGAGAGACGAGCAACCCGUCCAUCCGCUGACCACAAACGAGAUGGCGCUCAUUCGUAUCUUCCGCAAAAUGAAAUUCGAAGGCACGCGAUACCCGGAGCCAAGAAGCGAUAGGGAAGCUACGCAUCACCGACGAUGUGAACGCGAUGUUCGACAACUGAUGAUAGGAUUUAAUAGGAUGUUCACUUUAUCUCACUCGAUUUCUCACUGUGUCGGCUUGAUUUCUCAGUCUCUCAACUCGAUUUCUCACAAUCUCCCUGGAAUCUUUAAUAGGUAUGUUCUCAUUCAAUCAUAG